GUGACAGGAAAUGGGAAGCAAAAGCGGUUGAGGGUGGGGCACCGUUCAGUCACUCGGAACUGAGCAGCGGAUCGGUGAUGCGUGAAAGUCGGCGUUGACGCGCGGGGCGCAAGCGGGGGGUGAGAGUCAGAACCGGGCUCGGGAUGGACGACUCCGACCCGGAGUUCGCGGACCUCUGCUCGAAGCUUCUCAAGAGGGUCCGCAAGGACACCGCCAAAAGGGAGGAGGGCAGCCAAAGGCUGACGCAGAGCCCCCGUCCUGCGCCGUCCCAAAGCAAAAGCUUAGCGAAAAAGAGGAAGCCGAAGAACGAGGCGGAACCCGACGCGCGGAGACAGCUGGACCCUCCGUCCCGCGCGCGGUGCGACGGAGGACGGGAUGUUCGCUCUGUUUCCCAGGCAACCGUGCCCUCCGCGCCGGGCCCGAAGGAGGACGGGCCGGCGGGUUUGCAGGGGAGUCAGAGUCAGAACGGGGUCGUGCGGGGGUUGGGGGUUAAGGAGAAGGUGCUGCGCAGGAUGCAGCAGUUUAAGUGGGUCAGUCCAAAGAAGCUGGCGCGCGCGGAGACUGCACAGCCCGAGAGAUCGAGCCCGGGCACUGACCAUGCUGCCGUCCCGUCGUCACGAAACGCAGGCCCUCCUCAGGGGCCCCAGGGGGACGAGGCCCUGGCCCUCAGGCUGCAGCAGGAGAUGGACAGGGAGGCGCAGGUGGAGGUGCAGCCGGUGGACCUGGAGGAGGCGGGCCUGUUCUUCUGCCAGCUCUGCCAGAGGGACCUGUCGGCCAUGACCGCCGAACGCCGCUCCCAGCACAUGAACAGGUGUCUGGACCAGAGCGAGGACAGCGGGCCACGCCCCCCGGCCCCGCCCGCGGUACCCGAGUGCCCCAUCUGUGGGAAGGGGUUCAAGUCCCAGAAGAGCCGGGCCGCCCACCUGAAGCGCUGCUCCGCAGACAUGGGCGUGCCCCCUGCCCUGCUGCUGCAGGCCCUGCAGAGGCAGGCCGCCGAGACCGCCAGCGACAGCGCCGCGGGCCAACCGCCCCCGGCAGCAGGUUCGAAGAGGAGGGCCUUAUCGGACCCGAACCGGCCGCCCAGGAAGAAGCAGAGGAAAAAGGCUCCGCCCAUGGAUGAGGACACCAUGGUGGCGCUGGCCCUUUCGCGCUCCAUGGAGGAGCAGAAAGAGAAGGAGAGGGAGCUGGAGAGGGAGGCCCUGCUGACUGCUCCUCCCGCUGCUCCUGCUCCUGCUCCUGCUGCUGCUGCAGACCUGCGCUGGAGGUCUGAUGCAGGGAAGAGGCGCGGAAAGAAGAAGAAGAAAAAAGGGGAUCCCCCCACGCCGCCCCCUCUCCUCCUCGUGCAGGACCCCGGUGCCGCCCUCGCCCGGCUGCAGGACAGAGUCGCGGCCCUGCUGCUCCGCGCGCGGCCUCCCACCCCGCCGACUCCCGCCUACCGCACCAGCUCCCUCCCGGGUUGGGAUGGUGCUGCCCCCCUGUGGCAGAAGAGUGCGCUGCGGGACGGAGGAGCGAGCUCAGUGCAGGAGUACUACACCCCGGAGCUCAGUCCGCCCAUCGAGCCCUGGGUGUCGACCACGCAGGAGAAGCAGAGUGUGGCCGGCCCUGUCCCGGCCCCACUGACGCCCUCGGUGGAGCUCUCCCGCAAGGACGGUGACCCCAGCUCCGUGUCCCCCAGCCCCCGGGUGGGCAGUCAGACCCUGUGUGACCUGAUGGAGCUGGCAGAGGAGGGCAUGACCCUCACCCAGUGGGGUUACACCCGAGGCCCCACACAGGAUAAAGAGGCCAGCGUGGCCGACCUUCAUCUCAGCGGCUUCGUCCCGGAGAGCACAGAGCCUGCAGUGGCCACUGACAGCGCAGUAAGAGUGCCUCUCCACCUCCUCCUCCUCCUCCUCUACCUCUCUCUCUCCCUCCCAUACCUCUAACUACGUGCCGUUGCAUUUGCACACCAGCCCCAGCAGGUGGCGCUGUCCAGGCUGGCCGCAGACCUGAGCAGCAUGGUCAACAACCCGCAGCUGAGUGACGUCCAGCUGCAGGUAGACAGCGGCGAGGUCUUCUUCGCCCACUCCUUCAUGCUGUACGCCCGCUGCCCCCUGCUGGUCCAGAUGGUGCACGACUCUGGCUUUGGAGUCCAGGAGGAGGGCAUGGCCAGCGCCCAGCGGGUGUUGCUGGGCGAGGUGCCCCCCGGGGCGGCACACGCCCUGCUGCAGUUCCUCUACACCGCCCACUGCCCCCUCACGCCCACGCUGGUGCCACACGUCCAGGAGCUGGCUGUCAGGCUGGGUCUCCCUGAGCUGGAGCAGCUGUGUUUGCGCUGUCCGGGGGGAGUUGCAGCGGAGUCGUGGGUGGAAUUUCGGGAGCAGGAGGAGAACGAGGAGGAGAACCGCGGGGAGCAGAACUUCCUGGAGCUGCUGCGUUCCAUGUGGGAGGAAGAGGAGGAGGAAGGGGAGGAAGAGGGGGGUGGAGGAGGAGAGGGGGGAGGGGCGGGGGUGGAGGGAGGUGGAGAGGGCGUGGGAGACGGGCUCGCUCUCGGAGAUGGGGAGGACCUGGGGGAGGAGAAGGUGGACGAGGACGAGCUGGUGGAGAUCUACCAGUUCGCAGCCACGCAGAGGAAGAUGGAGUCUGGGAGAGAGGGAGAGGAAGACAGCAGAGAGGAGGAGGAGGAGAGCAGAGAGGAGGAGGAAGAAAGCAGAGAGGAGGAGAAGGAGGGAGAGGGAGGGAGUGCUGGCACAGAGGCUGAUGAUGAGCAGGAGGAGGGAGCAGGGAGAGAGAAGGGAGCUGAGGUGUUACAAAGCCAGUUUUCCUGCGUCAGGACCAAGGAGCCGAUUACAGAUACAGCAAGAGAGGAGGCAGACACAGGUCUGACCUCACAUUUCCAUAGCAACAUCUCCAGCACACAUGGAGGAGGGGUCAGCACCAGUCAGGUGGCAGAUGAGGGGAUGGACCAGGCCGGCAGGGGACCGGAUGGGGCGUCCCAGCCCAGCCUGGGCCACAAGGCCGACACCAGCCUGGACAGGAGCUACAACCGCCUGUUCUCUGAGCCCUGGGGCGAGUACAUGGAGCCCUCCCAGCAGAGUGCCCGGCGGUCCCAGCCGGCCGGGGCGGGGGGCUCCAGGGGAGGGGGUUUGGGGGCCUGCAGCCCCCUGUGUGGUACAGGGUCUCGGCUCCAGUCGUCCCACAGCGAAGCGGACGUCAUCGACCUGUCCGUCAGCCCGCCCCUCCUCCCCAGCGCGGGGCUGUCCCCGGGAGAGGCGGGCGGGGCCUCGUUCGUCGCCGGGGGUCUGAGGGGCCGGUACAGCCAGACGCACCGCUCGCCGGAGCGCUCGCCCCUCCCCAGCCGCGAUGUGAAACGGGAGAGCCAGGGUCGGCGAUCCAGCCCCGACCGGCCCGAACCGGAGCUGAUCGUGCUCUCGGAUUCGGGAGAGGAGUGCGACGGGGAUGCCGGGAGCCCGGCUGUGCGGAGGAGUGCCCCCCCUCUGCCCGGUGGCACCUCCCAGGCCCCCACCUCCCGGGAUUCGGCGGGCGGGUGCACGGUGGAGGCCGACGGCUCGGCCGAAAUGUCCUGGCUGAUCCCGGGGACGCCGGAGCCGCCCGGCCGGGCCACGCGGGGGGCCGGCACUCAGACACACCAAAGCAUGCGCCGCACCCGGCUCUUCCCCAGGGAGGAGUCCGCCCCCGGCAAGUCUCAAUCUUCCUCCUCCUCUUCCUCCUCGGGGGAGGCCUCGGCCGUCGCCGAGCCUGCUGGUGCGUCUCAGAGCCCCUCCCAAGUCCGGCGCAGCGCUGUGGGCACGGUGGGGCCCGGGCGGAGACCGGCCGGCGGCAGCGUCCGCAACCCCAGCUGCGCCUUAAACCACGAGAGUGACGCCUCAGAUGAGCGCAGCAGUGAGCGCUCCCCCAUAUUCACAGCCCCUUCCUCCCAGCCCAGACGCUCAGGUACGGCCAGAGGGUCCCUCCUGAACGGGACACUGUCCCACGGCGUCCCCCCGCCCGCCAGCAGCACCCCUCUCCCCCCUCAGGCCUCCAGGAGCUCCUCGGCCCUCUGUGAGCAAGAGCGCCUCCUAGAGUCCCCGCAGAGCAAAGGCAGGUCCAGCUCAGGGGAGAGCCCGCGCAGGAGGGGUCAGGUGUCGCUGUGCCUGUCCCUCUCAGACUCCUCCCCGUCUCCGCAGAAAGACACGGGCGCCGGGGGGCGGGGCCGGGGGUUGCCAGAGCAACGCAGGCUGUCCGCAGAGUCGAGGCACUUCCACAGUCCCGAAGGGGGAGCGGUUUCACAACAGAAGGAGAGGGAGGGAGAGAGGAGUAAAGGAAGAACCGAGGAGGAGAAGGAGGGAGAGAGGAUGGAAGGAAGAACAGAGGUAAAGAAGGAGGAAGAGAUUAUGGAGGAGGAGGAGAAGGAGGUGGAGGAAGCGCAGUCUUUCCUUCAGCAGAGCUUCGGCACGAUGGACCCGCCCAUGGCGUUUGACGACUCGUGGGGGCUCUGUGAGAUGCAGGGGCUAGCGCCCCGCUUCAGUCUGAGGCUGGACUCCAGCACAGGGGUCAGUCCACCCGAGCGGGGAGCAGGAGAGAAUGGGGCACAGGACAUCCGAACACCUCCCCCGCCCCCCUCACCCCCCCACGAGCGCAGCAACCCCCACACCAGCCUGCUGGACUCCAAGAUCUGGGAUGACUGGGAGGGAGAGGAGGAGGAGAGGGUGAGCCUUCCUCUCUCUCAGAGGGUGGCCUCAACAGCCCUCACAAAGAGAGUAAAGGAACUAAAGACGCCAGUGGCAGCAUGUAAGAAAGGCCCGCUGGUGCCCAUCACCCCCAUGCCAGGGUUCUCUGACAUGGACACCCCCGAACUGAAGAACCGGCUCAACAGGUUCGGGGUGCGCCCGCUCCCCAAGCGCCAGAUGGUCCUGAAGCUGAAGGAGAUCCACCAGUACACCCACCAGCUGAUGACCUCUGAGUCUGAGGACGAGGGCUCCGCCCCUCGCCCCUCCGCAGACCCCGCCCUGAAGCCCAGCUCUGUCUCCCUGGCAUUCAAGCAGCCGGAGAGACCCGUGGCGGGGGUGUGGUCCAAGGACUCCCCCCGGAAAGGAGCGGGGCGUGAGGAGGAAGGGGAGCGGCUGUCGGCCUCUCAGGGGUCCACGGCCUCUUCCACUGCGGCCAGCGAAGACUCGGACAGGUCCAAUCCGGAGCUGUGCCACCUGUCUGACGACGGCGACUCGGACAGCGACGAGGUGACGGCCUCUCAGGCGGUGUCGCGGGAUGCACAGAAGCUGCAGGCGGUGCGCUGCUUCAUCCAGUCGGACCCGGAGCUGUACGGCCGGGUCCUGCAGUACGAGCCACUGGUUCUGUCCCAGCUGCAGGCCCGACUCAGGGCCCAGGGAAUCCGCCUGGGUGCCACCAAGCUGCUGGACUUCCUGGACUCCCAGUGCAUCACCAUCACCACGGCCAAACCUGCUAAGGGCGGCCCCACCCGGGGGCGGGGCAGGGGCAGAGGGGGCGGGGACAGGAGGAGGAGGGGAGGGGCGACUAAGGCCUCAGACUGACCCAGAGAAAAGGGAACCGCACAGAUGAAGAAAGAGGAACUCUCAGCUGAGGGGAGGGCAGAGACAGAGAGAGACCAAGCACAAGCAUUGGAAACGCAAUUGGCCAAUCAGGUCGUGAAGCCAUGGCAACUGUGUC